ACAUUCUGGUGCACUCACCAUUCCAGAUGGUGACGGUAAUGCACCAAAUCGUGAUUUGCCAACCGCCAAUAAACCUUAAAAAAAAAAGAAGAAGAAGAAGACGAAAAAGAAGGCGAAGAAGAAGAAGGAGGAGGCGAUGUAGGCGGAGGGCUUCUGCUUCGUAGCAGACCUCUUAAAUACUAAGGGUCAAAGUGCUGGUCUGGAUUUUCGUCGCCGUUUCCGCGUAGUUAGUGUCAAUAUGCUCCGCACGGUGAUCACUGCGUCUCUACCAAGGCUGUCUCGAGUGCUAACUUGUCUCUAUUCGGCCUCCGCCAUUCCGAAACCAAACACACAGCCCGAAGUCCAUUACAACAAGCUCUUCAUCAACAAUGAUUGGCAGGAUGCUGUAAGUGGGAGAAGCUUCCCUACAAUCAACCCAGCAACUGGUGAGGUUAUUUGCCAGGUUGCUGAGGCCGACAAGGCUGAUGUGGACAAGGCAGUGAAAGCAGCACGCAACGCCUUCAAGCUGGGGUCACCAUGGCGACGAAUGGAUGCCUCUGACCGUGGGCUGCUGCUCAACCGUUUGGCAGAUGCUAUUGAGAGGGAUGCUGCCUAUCUAGCGGAACUGGAGACACUUGACAACGGGAAACCAUAUGCCAUUGCCUAUAGUGUGGACCUGCCCAAUGUGGUGAAAUGUCUGAGGUACUAUGCAGGCUGGGCUGACAAAUGGGAGGGGAAGACCAUUCCAAUAGAUGGGGAUUAUUUUUGCUAUACCAGGCAUGAGCCUAUUGGAGUCUGUGGACAAAUCAUACCGUGGAACUUCCCCCUCUUGAUGCAGGCCUGGAAGCUUGGGCCCGCCCUAGCGACUGGUAAUACUGUGGUGAUGAAGGUUGCAGAGCAGACACCGCUCACUGCACUCUAUGUAGCCAGCCUUAUUAAAGAGGUGGGAUUUCCGGAAGGUGUGGUGAACAUUCUCCCUGGCAUGGGGUCAUCAGCUGGUGCUGCCAUUGCUGCGCAUAUGGAUGUUGAUAAAUUGGCAUUCACUGGGUCAACAGAGGUUGGUCAUCUGAUUCAGCAAGCUUCAGGCAAAAGUAACCUGAAGAAAGUCACCCUGGAGCUUGGGGGAAAGAGUCCAAAUAUCAUCAUGUCUGACGCCAAUAUGGAGGAUGCAGUGGAGCAGUCCCACUUUGCUCUGUUUUUCAAUCAAGGCCAGUGUUGCUGUGCUGGGUCUCGAACCUAUGUUCAGGCAGACAUCUACGAUGAAUUUCUGGAGCGUAGUACUGUGCGGGCCAAGAGACGAGUGGUGGGAGACCCCUUCAACCUCAACACUGAGCAGGGACCCCAGGUGGAUGAGGAGCAGUUUAAGAAGAUUCUCGGCUACAUCAGCAGUGGAAAGAGAGAGGGAGCCAAGCUAAUGUGUGGAGGUGGUGAAGCUGCAGACAGAGGGUAUUUCAUCCAACCGACCAUCUUCGGAGAUGUCCAGGACAACAUGACCAUUGCAAGGGAGGAGAUCUUUGGCCCAGUGAUGCAAAUCCUGAAGUUUAAAACGCUGGAGGAAGUAGUGGAAAGAGCUAAUGACACGAAAUACGGCCUGGCAGCAGCUGUUUUCACAAGAGACAUUGAUAAGGCUCACUAUAUCUCUAACAGACUCCGUGCUGGAACUGUCUGGAUCAACUGCUAUGAUGUGUUCGGGGCCCAGGCUCCCUUUGGAGGCUACAAAGCUUCAGGAAACGGCAGAGAGUUGGGGGAGUAUGGUCUGGACAACUACACAGAGGUCAAAACGGUGACCAUCAAGGUGCCUCAGAAGAACUCCUAGACUGGUCUCCAUUUCUCCUGCCAUGAAGUGCCAAGCCAGCUAAGAGUAGAGAUGGGUUUCUUGCUGUUGUCUGCUCUACACCACAAAUGAAGGAGAUAUACUGAACAUGACAACCAGUCAUGUCAGUCUUGGGUCCUUGACACAAUGGUUAACGUUCAUGGCAUGCGGGAAAAAAUUAAACAUCGUAAAACAGUCUGGCUGUCAUGCAUUAAAUGCUCUGUAACCUUACUUCUCUUACUUUCUUUUUUUGCAUCAUAACCAUAUUUUUAGGAUAAAUGUGUCAAAACAUGAAAAAUUUAUCAAGUCUAGGACAUGUAGAUUGAUCUUUCAAUGCUUACCAUCUACUUCAUUACUUAAUACUGAUGUUAUUUUUGUCUUCCUUCCUGUGAAAAUGAGAUGUGAAACAAAUUAGGGCAAUAAAGGAUCUUAAAGCUC